ACUGACCUCAUACUUUUUCAUCGUCUAUCAAGCCUUCUUUUCCAAUGCAGAGGCGCAGACGAUCAAAAGCGAACAGUUGACUUUCUGGGAUAUUAGUAUUAUAUAGCGGACGGGACGGGUCCAUAAUGGAUUAUUCGUUGUGAUUUGUUUCGACUGUAGGAUUUAUAAGAAACUGUCUCAUUGUUUAGGAGUAAAAGAAGGAUACACGUUGACAAAAGACGCUUAUGAGGCUCCGAAAGUGAAGGGAAAAAAAUAAAAGCCAUAAGAUGGACCUGAGGUUACUCUUCAUAUCAAUAUUAUUAGGUGUCAUUUGUUACAGCAGCGCACAGCAAGAGGGCAACGAGUGCAUUAAAGCCAACGUGUUAUCUUGCGGAGAUUGCAUACAAGUGGGGGCUAAAUGUGGAUGGUGCACUGAUAUAGACUUUCUAAAACAGGGAGAACCCACAUCGGCUCGCUGUGAUGAGCUGGAGUCGCUCAAGAAAAGAGGCUGUGAUGUCUCCAAAGUCGAGAACCCACGUGGGAGCCAACGUACCAUAAGAAACAAACCAGUGACCAACCGUAAGAAAGGAGCAGAGAAACUUCAACCCAAUGACAUCACACAGAUCCAGCCACAGGAACUCAAACUGAACCUUAGAUCUGGUGAGCCUCAGAAUAUUAAACUGAAGUUCAAGAGGGCUGAGGACUAUCCCAUUGACCUGUACUACCUUAUGGACCUGUCCUACUCAAUGAAGGAUGAUUUGGAAAAUGUGAAAAACCUGGGAACAAGUUUGAUGAAGGAGAUGUCCAAGAUUACCUCAGAUUUCAGGAUUGGUUUUGGCUCUUUUGUGGAAAAGACGGUUAUGCCGUAUAUCAGCACCACGCCAGCCAAGCUUCUAAACCCUUGUACCGGGGACCAAAACUGUACCAGCCCCUUCAGCUACAAAAACGUGUUGAAACUCACUAGCGAUGGGGAGCAGUUUAAUUCUCUAGUGGGGAAGCAACAGAUAUCGGGUAACCUUGACUCACCUGAGGGAGGAUUUGACGCUAUCAUGCAGGUGGCUGUUUGUGGGGAUCACAUAGGCUGGAGAGAUGUCACCCGUUUGUUGGUGUUUUCCACGGAUGCAGGUUUCCAUUUUGCUGGAGACGGAAAACUUGGCGGAAUCGUUCUUCCCAAUGAUGGAAAAUGCCACCUGGAAAACAACAUGUACACAAUGAGCCAUUAUUAUGAUUAUCCCUCCAUCGCCCACCUGGUUCAGAAACUGAGUGAAAACAAUAUUCAGACCAUAUUUGCUGUCACACAAGAAUUUCAGCCUGUUUACAAAGAACUUAAAAACUUAAUUCCAAAGUCUGCAGUGGGCACGCUGUCAGCAAACUCCAGCAAUGUUAUCGAUCUUAUUAUUGAUGCCUACAAUUCUCUCUCCUCCGAGGUCAUUCUGGAGAACAGUAAACUUCCUGAGGGAGUGACCAUCACCUAUCAAUCACACUGCAAAAACGGUAUAGUGAAUGAUGGAGAAAAUGGAAGGAGGUGCUCCAACAUCUCCAUCGGAGAUGAGGUAUCCUUCAGCAUUAAUAUCACAGCUCAGGGUUGCCCCAGACAAGGCAAAGAAGAAGUAAUUAAGAUUAAACCUUUGAGCUUUACUGAGGAGGUCAAGAUCACCCUCAACUUCAUCUGCGAGUGUGACUGUCACAAGCAGGGCAUCAAAAACAGCGACUUGUGCCAUAAUGGCAACGGCACAUUUGAGUGUGGAGCCUGCAGGUGCAAUAAGGGACGUGUUGGCAGACAGUGUGAAUGUCGUAAAGACGAGGUGUCCACUGAGGACCUGGACAAGAAUUGCCGUAAGGACAACGGCACGGACAUCUGCAGUAACAAUGGCGAGUGCGUGUGCGGCACCUGCGAGUGCAAGAAGAGAGACAAUCCUGAGGAACGCUACAGCGGCAAGUUCUGCGAGUGCGACAACUUCAACUGCGACCGUUCCAACAAUAAACUCUGCGGAGGACACGGCCGUUGUGAGUGCAGGGUUUGUGUCUGUGAUGCUAACUAUACUGGAAGCGCAUGUGACUGCUCUCUGGACACCUCUACCUGCCUCGCCUCCAACAAGCAGAUCUGUAAUGGCAGAGGGAUUUGUGAGUGUGGGACCUGCAGGUGCACAGACCCCAAGUUUCAGGGUCCCACCUGUGAGAUUUGCCCCACCUGCCCUGGAGUCUGCACUGAACACAAGGAGUGUGUGCAGUGUCGGGCGUUUGGCACCGGAGAGAAGAAAGACACUUGUGAGAGAGACUGUAGUUACUUUAAUCUCAUCAAGGUGAAGGACAGAGACAAACUCCCUCAACCCGUCCAGGCCUUCCCCCUCAUGCACUGCAAAGAGAGAGACGCUAAUGACUGCUGGUUUUACUACACAUACGCUGUCAAUAACACUGAGAAGGAGGUCCAUGUUGUGGAAGAAUUAGAGUGUCCGCCGGGUCCUGACAUCAUCCCCAUUGUGGCGGGUGUGGUCGCGGGCAUCGUUCUGAUUGGUCUAGCCCUGCUACUGAUCUGGAAGCUGCUCAUGAUCAUUCAUGACAGACGCGAGUUCGCCAAGUUUGAGAAAGAGAAGAUGAACGCCAAGUGGGACACGACAGACAAUCCAAUUUACAAGAGCCCUAUUAAUGAAUUCCAGAAUCCAAACUAUGGACGUAAAGCUGUUGCUCUCUAAGGAGAAAAUCCUAUUUAUAAGAGCGCUGUAACAACUGUCAUCAACCCCAAAUAUGAAGGCAAAUAAUGGACAUCGAUGUCACAACUCAAGAGUGUUUUGGAAGGAACGGGCCAUGUUGAUAUCCUAUAUUUUCCUUUCAUUUGUUUCACAGUUUAUUUGUAUUAUUUUUGAAACUAUAUUGUAGUGUUAGAUAGCUGUAUUUUAUCAAAGACUGGCUGCCCCCCUCCCUGUACAGUUUGUAUAGACUUUAUAUUUACAUCUAUUUCUUUAUGUAAACAUUAUCUCUUUUCACACAGAAGCAUUUUGCUUUAAAUAUGGUGCAAAAGGAUCCAUAAAUCCCUCUAAAAAAAACAGGAUCAUAUUUACUUUUUCAUGAUGCUGAUAGUGUGUAUGUUGUCAUAGGACCGCUUGAUGAAUGUGUAUUUGAUUUCAGAUUGUCAAGUGAAUUGAAACUAUCUUCUCUCUGAUCAUCAUUGUAAACUGGGAAGAUUUGAUUUGUUGUGCUAAUAAUCUAUGCAUAUUUGUUUGCUGUUAUAGAUUUUAUUUUAUGCCAAAAACAUGUUUAAGGCAAUGCAAAACACUUAACUGUUAAAAUGACACGUGUCCUGUGAUCAUAACUUUAUGCUGAAAAUGUUGUCUGUGCAUUUUAUAUGUCAUGAAAGGAUUAUGUGGUGAAGUUUUAUUAUGUGGCUCUUAAUGAGUAUCAGUGUAUUCAGGUGAUAUCCUGAUGUUAAUCGGUAUAGGAAGACAAAUGCCAUAAAACUGCUCAUUAGAAAUGGGCACACUUGUUAUUCUCCACAAAUGAAGGAUUUUAAUGUUAUGUAAAAGCUUACAUUAGUGUUCAAUGAGCAUACAUGAUCAUCUUUGUAAUUUGAAUGUGAAGACAUGUUAAAUUAAAGUUGUAAUAAUUCACAAAUAUGAAGUCAGAUAUAAAAUCUAAAUGCUACAAAAACUCUUAGCAGUAAGUGUUGCUUAAAAACAAAAUGAAGAAAAUGAAAAUGAAGAAUUAGAGAGUUGUUUUGUGUGCAGAGGUUCAUAUCUAAUGCUCAGCGGUACAAAUAAACAUGUUUUACAUCUUUAACCCUCAUAUUAUGUUCCGGGUCAAUUUGACCCGUUUUGAUUUUUAAGCUGUCGGAUAAACCAGUUAACCUGUGAUUUUAUUCUUGAAAUUUUGUGACUUUCUCAUUUAUGGCCAUGAACAUGCAUGCAAAGUUUAGACAUGCUGAUAUGUUUUGAAGUGUACCUAAAUUAUUUUGUAACGAUUUUGAGGUUCGCAGGUCAAUUUGACCCGCAUUUUGUUUUGCUCCAAAGCAAUUAUAUAGACCUAAAUUAA